AUGAAAGUCCGAGGAGGAUCUUCUAGUAUAGAGAGUGGCGUGGCGUGCGACACUGCGACCGACAUGGCAGGGCCAACUUCCAAGCUGCGACGUCGUACACCUCCAGUAUGCAUUGCCAUCAAGUUCGGUCUUCCAACUUUGCGCACCAUGUCCACUCCUGCGGCCGCGCCUCGCGUCAUCUUUCGAAACGAUGCCUUCCAGACCUUCGUCGACACUAUGGCCGUGGGUGCGUCUUCAGCCUUCGAAUCAUGGCUCCCGACUGUCAUAGGGUUGACGGCGACGCCAGCUUCGAACGCCAUGUUAGCAGGCGUCUUCGGAAGCAGAAACUGGACGGGAAAGAGUCUGAGUUGCGGUUGGACGGUGGUGUAUUGCACGCAGAAGGACUGGAUCACCUCAGCACACAGGGCACAGGAUAACAGCGCGGUUUCGGUCAAUCUGGAGAUGGGAGACGAUGAUGAUUUGACGCUUCCGCAGCGGCCCAUCACUUGCUUUCCAGUCGAUUGGACACUAUACCCUAUGCUCGCUCGAGAUCCCUGGGUCACAUACCUGCUGGACGAGCAUGAUUGGAACAACACCAAGAUGGGCCAUCCGACAACCUGGACUGACAUGGACCUGCGCGCCCAUGUGAUUGGCAUUAUGGCCAACCCGGAGCCGCGAUGGAUUUUCUGGGGAACCGAGUUCAACAUGAUGUAUAAUGCUGCUUGCGUUCCUCGUCUAGGCGCCAUGCAUCCUAAGGCGCUUGAUAAUCCCAUCGCCAACUGGGGCCAGGGCCUGCACGAUCACCACUACGGCCAGAUACGGCAUACCAUCAAAACCGGAAUGGCAUCGAUUAUGAGAGAUGUACCACUUCUCAGCAACGCCGCGAAUGCAACAACAGGGGCAACGUGGACGGAGGAGAGCUUCCACGAUUUCACUUUCACCCCUGUUCCGGAUGCUUCCGGACAUUGCUCUUCUUUCCUCUUCGAAUACGCCGACACGACCGCGUAG